AUGGCAGAUCUUGUGUUCAGGAAACAGAAGUAUGAACAAGCAAUAAACCUUUAUCAGAAUAUUGUGAAAAAAUCACCAGGUAACUUUUCAGCCCUGGAAAGAUUAGUUGAUUUGCUGAGAAGAAGUGGUAGCCUUGAUAAAACUACAUUUUUCUUUGAAGUGGUGAAGAAACGUGAUUAUUUUGGGAACCUGCAUAUAACUACCUCAAAGGACUCUACUGCUGGGGCAAUCUCUGGAAGUCCCCUAAGGGAUGCUCUUCAGAAGGAUGAGCUGACAGGGCGAGUAAUUGGAGGCCAUGAGGCUCAACCAAACAGCUGGAAAUGGCAGGUUUCGCUUCAGAUUGCCUAUGAUGACUACCCAGGGUACUACUCUCACAUCUGCGGUGGAACCCUUAUCAGCAGCAAAUGGGUCAUGACCGCAGCCCAUUGCCUCAGCACGCCCCCAGGAGCAACCUACCGAGUGGCUCUGGGUGAGCACAAUCUCUUGGAGGUGGAUGGCACUGAGUACUAUGUUGAUGUUGAUAGAGUCUUCAUUCAUGAUGGCUGGGAUCCCUACAACAUUGCCAAUGGCUAUGACAUUGCCCUGCUGCGCCUUGAUUCUCCUGCCUAUGACAAUGGGUUCGUUGAGAUGGGAGUGCUUCCACCUGAAGGAGAAAUUUUGCCCAAUGACUAUCCCUGCUAUAUUACCGGAUGGGGGGUGGUUAGUGUGGAUGGCAGCAGCCCGGACAGACUGCAGGAGGUGAUGUUGCCGGUGGUUGACCAUAAGAUCUGCUCCCAGAAUGACUGGUGGGGAUCUCAAAUAAAAGCCACUAUGAUCUGUGCAGGUGGAGACGGCGUGAGGUCCGGAUGCAGUGGGGACUCUGGGGGCCCUCUCAACUGCUACAAAGACAAUCGCUGGCAAGUCUACGGGAUUGUCAGUUUUGGGCUCGUUCCUUACUGUAACACCUACAAGAAGCCAACAGUCUUCACACGUGUGUCGGCCUACGUGGACUGGAUCUACAGCGCACGGGCUCAGACCCAGUCAGCAGAGGAGGAGGCUCCAGGCACACAGAUAAGCAAUGACACACAGGAGCUGCUUUUCGCCGCCCUUAUCCAGAGGUCCGGUUUGCAAACAGAUAAAUCUUACUUAUUACGGCAAGCACAAACGAAAACGAAACCAGUGGUGCUUUCUUUAAGCCUUGUAAAAGGAGUGGAGUUCCAGCUGGAUUUUUAG